UUUAUUUAAAUAUUUUCCUUUUUAUUACAGAUUUACGGAAUAAAUUCGAUAAAAGCAGUUGUCAAAGGAAUGUUUGGUGAUAAACCCAGCGAAAAGCGGUCAGCAUGUUCCGACCUUAUAGUCUUAGUGGCGCAUAACGAUGAUCCAACCGAUCAGAUGCUUGUUUCCUUUUUUUUUCGAUGAACCAAAAAAUUGGCAUCAAAACUAUCAAAACAUAUUGCACGCGAAUGCAAGAGGAGAAUAUACAUCGUGCGAUCGUAGUAGUGCAAGCAGGCAUGACACCGUCGGCCAAACAAUCUUUGGUUGAUAUGGCGCCGAAGUAUAUUCUAAAACAAUUUCUUGAAUCGGAACUUCUAAUCAAUAUUACAGAACAUGAACUGGUUCCUGAACAUGUUGUAAUGACACCAGAAGAAAAAGCAAGAGUGACUGGCACGUUAUAAACUGAAAGAGAAUGUGUUAAUGCGGAUUCAAGCGGGAGAUCCGGUUGCGCGUUGCUUUGGUCUCCAACGAGGACAGGUGGUUAAAAUUAUACGUUCGUCGGAAACAGCCGGUCGUUAUAUAUCUUACCGACUUGUUUGUUAAAUAAUAGAAUAAAAUAUCAAUUUGAUAAUGUAAAAAAAAACGAAUUGCAGCCUCAACAGCAACAACAAAUUACAAAUUUAGCCUGCCAUAAUGAACCGCAGCAACGCAUCAUCUAUUGAACCUCCUUCAGAAAAGACUCGUGAGCAUGCUCUUCUUGCAGUGAAACAACUGAUCGUUGGUGUCAACAAGAUGGAUCCGUCCGAACCACCAUACAGUGAGGCUGGUUAUGGGGAAAUCCAGAAGUAUCCUCAUCCAUCAAGAAGCUCGGUCACAAUCCAGCUGCUGUUGCGUUCGUGCCAAUCGCUGGAAGCAUCCACCAACACGCCAUGGCUCAAGGGAUGGAAAGCUGCACGUAAGGAAGGCAAUGCUGAAGGUUAGACAUAUAUCGAUGUUAGCUAGAUAUUGUUGCAUUGUCUGGUAGCCGGGAGAAACACUGGAACAAUCACAUAUGGCGAGGUGAAAAUUCCAACAUAUAAGUAAAUAGUCAUUAUAAGUGCAUUAGAGUGAAAUAAAGAUUUCUACACAAAAGUACUGUAAGCUAUACAUCGUAAAAAAUAUUCAAAUGUUAUCGAGACCCAGCAAGUAAGAAAAUGUUGCAACACCAGUGUAUGAAAACAAAGGACAUUAUUUAUUUAAUAGUGUAAUAAUAUAUCGAUAGUGAACCAAUUUCAGUAAUGCCCUGCAACAAGUACUCUUAAAAGUAUUUAAAAGUGAACAGAUAUUUUGUUACAUUUCUUUUCAAACAAUUAACAUUUAACACAUUAAAAGGGCGCAAAAUUAAAGAAGACUAUGCAAAUGCUGAUUGUUAAGUAUGUAAUUAAAAAAAGAAGAUAUUUUAACAUUCUGUGCACAUCCAAACUUUACACGUAC